GAGGGUGGGUGUAAUGCGGCCGCCGAGCCCUGAAUGGCGACGGAGGCCGCGGAGAGAGGCACCGAGGGACCGCCAGAGAGCAGCGCCUGAGCACCGCGGCCGCUGCUGACAACAACCCCGGCCAAAAUAAAAACAUGGACGGGAGGCGAACCGAUCCCACCCGAGUCUCUCAAUUGGAGCAGGAGCUGUAUUACCUGAUUGCCCGCUUCCUCCUGUCUGGACCCUGUCAGAAGUCGGCACGGGUGCUGAUCCAGGAGCUGGAGGAAUAUCAGCUGAUGCCGAAGCGUCUGGAUUGGGAAGGCAAGGAGCAUCGUCGGAGUUUUGAGAGCCUGGUUUUAGCCAAUAAACACGUGUCUUCAGAUCACUUGCUGCAAAUGUGUCAGAGAAUUGGCCCACUUUUGGAUAAAGAGAUCCCGCCCAGUGUCCCUGGAGUGCAGACAUUACUGGGAGUGGGACGGCAGUCAUUAUUGCGAACUACAAAAGAUUGCAAACGUGUAGCAUGGAAAGGCUCUGCCUCUGCUGCCCUUCAUCGUGGCAGGCCACCAGAACCACCCGUGAAUUAUGGGAAGUCUCCAAAUAUCGUGAGCAUCAUCAAUGCCAAGCAGUUAACAGGAUGUGGACGUCGCAGCCAUGUUUUCCCAGUUGUUGUGUACCAGCAUGUGAAAAUGUACAAAAGGAUACUUGGGCAUCUUUCCUCUGUGUACUGUGUAGCAUUUGACCGUACAGGGAGGAGAAUUUUCACGGGUUCAGAUGAUUGCUUGGUGAAAAUUUGGGCCACAGAUGAUGGACGACUCCUGUCAACUCUGCGUGGGCACUCGGCUGAGAUCUCUGAUAUGGCUGUUAACUAUGAGAAUACACUGAUUGCUGCAGGCAGCUGUGAUAAAGUGAUCCGUGUUUGGUGCUUGCGUACAUGUGCUCCAGUUGCUGUGUUACAAGGGCAUACAGGUUCCAUAACCUCUUUAUUGUUUUCUCCAGGUACCAAAGGAACAACACGGUAUUUGACAUCCACAGGAGCUGAUGGGACUAUCUGUUUUUGGCAGUGGAAUACAGAGACCGUCAAAUUUAAUGAACAUCCAGUGAAAUUUGCAGAUAGAUCGAGACCAGGAAGUCAAAUUUCUUGCUCCUCUUUCAGUUCUGGUGGAAUGUUUGUAGCAACUGGCAGCACAGAUCAUGUGAUUAGAGUUUAUUACUUGGGUUCCGGCUCACCAGAAAAAAUUUCUGAACUUGCAUCACAUACGGAUAAAGUGAUUGCUAUCCAAUUUUGCAACAAUAGUCAGAGUUUGAGAUUUGUUAGUGGUAGCCGUGAUGGGACAGCUAGAAUCUGGCAGUACCAGCACCAAGAAUGGAAAAGUACUAUUCUGGAUAUGUUUAUGAAAUUACCAGGAAAUAAUCCACUUCCUACAGAGGACAAAGUCAGUAAGCUGAAAGUAACUAUGGUAGCAUGGGAUCGCUCUGACCACAAAGUCAUCACAGCAGUAAACAACUUCCUUUUGAAAGUGUGGAACUCCUACACUGGACAGCUGCUUCAUGUUCUUUCCGGUCAUGAUGAUGAAGUUUUUGUUUUGGAAGCUCAUCCGUUUGAUUCCAGGAUUAUGUUGUCUGCUGGGCAUGACGGCAACAUAUUCAUCUGGGACCUUUCAAAAGGUGCCAAACUUCGGAACUUUUUUAACAUGAUUGAAGGUCAGGGUCAUGGUGCUGUGUUUGAUUGUAAAUUCUCUGCAGAUGGGCAGCACUUCGCAUGCACUGACUCUCAUGGACAUUUACUGAUCUUUGGAUUUGGCUGCAGUAAAUCAUAUGAAAAGAUCCCGGACCAAAUGUUUUUUCAUACUGAUUACCGUCCACUUAUCCGUGAUUCCAACAAUUAUGUUCUGGAUGAACAGACACAGCAAGCACCUCAUCUCAUGCCGCCCCCGUUUCUAGUUGAUGUUGAUGGAAAUCCUCAUCUAACACAAUACCAACGAUUGGUGCCUGGUCGGGAGAAUUGCAUGGAUGAACAACUUGUUCCACAGUUGGGGUACAUGGCAAAUGGUGAUGGUGAUGUAGUGGAGCAGGUCAUCAGCCAACAGACAGAUGAUCAGUAUGAGAAUGGCCAAGAGCCCAGCCUUCUCGAUGAUGCUAUUAGGGAGCUCCAACGAGAACAUGACCUGAGGCAAGGAAACCAAGGAGCAGCUGAGUCGGGUGGCCCUUACAGUAGCUCAAACUUGCUGAACAGUGCCUUGCUGUCCCCCAUUGGACUUCGCCGAAGUGGUCAAAUAGAAGGUGUUCGUCAAAUGCAUAAUAAUGCCCCUCGGAGUCAGAUGGCUACAGAGAGAGACCUGAUGGCUUGGAGCCGAAGGGUUGUAGUCAUGGAGCUUCCACCUGGAAUUAGCAGGUUUCAGGAGGAACUUCGACUAGGUAAAGGCGAUGGAGAAAUUAACUUGUACACAAUUGAAAAGAAACGUAAACCACUACAACCAACACAGAAGAGCGAUGGUCAGGAAUUUUUCCAGCGCAUGGGGAGGCGGACUCAACGCCGUAACCAACAUUUCUACCACACGCGUUCAACUGUGGAACGCCGAACUUGUAGUAUUCGUCGGAUAGAAGAAUCUAAUAACUCUUCUGAGGAAAUGGAGACAAUAGAUGGGAGUGACGGGUCAUCUGAUGAAGCUGAAGAAGAGUGGCAGAGUGAGAGCAGUUCUAGUGAUUCAUCAAGUGAAUAUUCAGAUUGGACGGCAGAUGCGGGUAUUAACUUGCAACCACCCAAACGAUUGGUGAGACGAAUAGUACAUCAUAAUAGCAGCUCUGAAGAUGAGAAGCUGGGAGAAAGAUUGACUCUAAAACGCAAGAAAUCCAAACAGUCCAAACAGAAGAGGCCAAGUGAACUCCUUGCCAUGGAAGGUGCACCUUCUGAAGAAUGGAUUCCUCCAUCUUGGAUCCGUGAUACUACACCACGCAGGUCACCAUUUGUACCACAAAUGGGUGAUGAGGUUGUAUAUUUUCAACAGGGGCAUGAAGCAUAUGUGAAAGCUGUUAAAAAAGCAAAAGUCUAUAGUGUAAACCUUCAGAAGCAACCAUGGAUCAAAUUAGAACUGAGGGAACAAGAGAUUGUAAAGGUCGUUGGCAUCAAGUAUGAAGUUGGGCCCCCUACUUUAUGUUGUCUGAAACUUUCUCUUCUAGACCCCAUCACUGGCAAAAUGACUGGUGAAUCUUUCUCUCUCAAGUACCAUGAUAUGCCAGAUGUCAUUGACUUCUUAGUAUUGAGACAAUUUUAUGAAGAAGCAAAAAAGAGAAACUGGCACGUUGGAGACACGUUUCGCAGUAUAAUAGAUGAUGCUUGGUGGUUUGGAACAGUGCAGAGUCAGCAGCCCUUUCAGCCUGAAUAUCCUGAUAGUUUAUUCCAAUGUUACAGUGUUUGCUGGGAUAAUAAUGAGUUGGAGAAGAUGAGCCCAUGGGACAUGGAGUCCAUUCCUGAUGAUGCUAUCUACCCUGAAGAAAUUGGUGCCAGUGUCCCUGUUACUCCAGAAGAACUGAAGCACCUGUUAUAUAAACCUCAGGAGGGUGAAUGGGGAUCUGGUUCUGCAGAUGAAGAACAUAAGCGUAUCAUUCAGGGAAUCAGUCAACUAAUGACACUUGAAAUAGCUGCACCAUUCUCUGCUCCUGUGGAUCUCUGUGCCUAUCCGCUGUAUUGCACUGUGGUUGCAUAUCCAACAGACCUGAGCACCGUCAAGAAGAAAUUAGAAAAUGGGUUUUAUAGGACUGUUUCUGCCCUGAUGUGGGAAGUAAGAUAUAUUGAACAUAAUGCUAGGACUUUCAAUGAGCUUGACAGUCCUAUUGUCAAGUCUGCCAAGUUAAUUACGGAUACGUUACUUCAGUUCAUUGGGGACCAGAGCUGCACCAAUAUGUUAGAGCUGUAUGAAAAAGUUAAGACAGAGGAACUUAGCAGUGAUGAAAAUGACAAGGAAAUAGCUGCAGAACUAGAUUCUGAUGCUCCAGGAACCUCCUCAGACACAAUACAUCGACUCCCAAGGCAGUUGAACAGAAGGCCUGUGUUCAGUACUGAUCCGAAUGCCUGGAAAGAGCAAUGCAGAGAAUUUCUGAACCUCAUGUUCCAGUGUGAGGACUCUGAACCUUUUAGAACGCCAGUGGAUCUCUUUGCAUAUCCUGACUAUCGCAAUAUCAUCGAUGUUCCAAUGGACUUCAACACUGUAAAAGAAACACUAGAAGAAGGAAAUUAUGAAACCCCUUUGGAGUUCUGUAAGGAUGUUCGGUUAAUAUUCAGCAAUGCCAAAGCCUACACACCCAACAAGAAAUCAAGGAUAUACAGCAUGACACUCAGGUUGUCUGCCUUAUUUGAAACGCAAAUUAAAAGAAUAAUUUCAGACUACAAGUCUGCCUUGAAGUGCCAAAAAAAGAAUAAACCACGACAAAAGUAUAGAAAGAGGUUCAAAAGCAGCAGCAGCAGCAGUAGCAGCAGCAGGAGCAGUAGCAGCAGCAGGAGCAGUUCUCGGUCUGGGAGCAGGAGCAGUUCUCGGUCUGGCAGCAGGAGCAGUUCUCGGUCCGGCAGUGGUUCAGGUUGCAGUAGCAGAGCAUUCAGCCUAGCACAUGAACCAACAAACACUUCACCUAAGGCAGACCUGAAUAUCUUACCGUCCUGUUCAGUUAGAGCUAUUUCAUCAAGAACAACUCCAGUUUUGGAAACAGAAGUUCUUCCAGUAUCACUGAAUGAUGAAGUUGAGUAUCUACAGCUGUCACCAUUCCCUGAAUGUGAAGUACAGAAUAGGAGUGGAAUUGGUUCAGUGUCUGGAUCUACUGGAGUAACUGGAAAUGCCCCUAUGCCUACAGGGCAAGAUCACUUUUCAAAUGGUCCUUUAGUUAAUGGUCAUGGAAUACAUACUUCUGCAAAGAGGAAGGCGAUGAGUGAUUCAGAGGAAAGUAGCUUAGAGAAUCCAAACAUGGGGGAGAUGGAUGGCAUUGCACAAUUAGGUAGCAAUGCAUCAGCUAAAUCUGGCCCAGGGUCUGAAAGUGGUUCAGAGUCUGCUCCUGGAUCAGAUAAAGACCACAUUGAAGGAGAUCACGAUUAUAGCAAGGCUGUGAGAAGGAAAACAACAAGGAAAGGAAAUAUAAAAAGCAAAGUAGUGAGGAGGAGGAGGCGGAGGAGGAAACGCUUCAGAUUUUCAAUACCAGCGAAUAAAUAUAAACGGGCAAAACUAUUAGAUGAUUGGUUUGAUGAAGACGAAUUGUGUGUAGAUCGAUUGAAUAAGUGCUCCACAAUUAGAACUAGAAACCAAGGUAGAAGGACGGUUUUAUACAAUGAUGACUCUGAUGAUGAUGGCUUUGUCCCAGCUGGUGAACGUCUAAACCUUGGCAUGUCAAGAUCGGGAAGAAUGCGACGAAUGACAGAAAAGGCUAAGGCAAGUCAUUUAAUGGGAUGGAGUCACUGAUGAUAAAAGCAGAGAACAUUUCAAACUGAACUUAUUACAUUCGUACUGCAGGGAUAUGAUAUGCACAACACAUUUAUUAAUUUAUGCGAUGGGGUUGGGGGGAGCUGGUGUGAAGGGAGCCUUUUGUUGUGGUGCUGAUCUCAUUAUCAAAAUGCACUUCAGUCUUCCAAACUUGCUUACCAUCUGCAGAAUCCAACCUCAAAGGCGGUGUAGCCUUAAUAUAUUUAAAGAUUUCUCUGAAGCCACUGAUGCGCAAACUCACCAACAGUUAUGUAAUAGGAAAUACUCAUCUAUUUGCCGUAACACCUUGAACAUACCUGGGCAGUGUUCCUGAUCUUUCGCUUUUGAUAUGUCGAACA